AUGCCGCAUCCUCCCCCCAGGCCUAGGAGAAAGCCGAAUACCAUCCCGGCUGACCCAGAAGGGGUUACCGGGGUCGACAUAGAGGCGGGCACCGGGCAGGGUGGCACAGCACAGAAUACUAGUGCUGGUGCUCAUGGUGAAAACGAUGGCAUUGGAUCGGAGGGCAAGACCCACGCCACGACGCAGGCGCAGACGAUCGGAAAGCGGACCGCGCCGUUGAAUACCGAGGAAGACGACGAAGAGGGCGAAGAUGAAGACGAAGAUGAAGACGACGCGCUCGGUGAUUCGGACUCUCCCCAGACGCCGAAGACAGGCAAAGGCAAGGCGAAGGCGAAGGCAAAGGCGAGGAAGACUGGGCGCAAGAAGGCCAUUGAAGGAGGACGAAAUGUGGAGGAAAUGGCUGAAGAAGACCGGAUGGGAAGGGAGAACGGGUUCCUGGGGUUCGCGCGUGUGCAGAUGAUUUUUGAAGCAGACACCAGCGUGCGCCACCUGUGGAACGAGGUCAAUAAGCGUCCGCGGAUUGAGCGGCACGUUCAAGCCAUCCUCAGGAACAUGCAGACGAAGGGCCGGCUGGACUGGGAGUAUCCGCUGCUAGCGGCGGUGGAAGAGUCGCAGAUUGACAUGUCGACGCUGACGCAGAGCCCGGUCCCGUACGAGAGGGUGCCGAUCUUCAAGUUCCGGAUGGAUGCGAAGGAACAGAAGAUCCACUUCUUGAACGGCGCGCACCGCAAGGAUGCGAACAAGCUGCUGUACAUCGAGUAUUCUACGCUGGCGAAGGCGGCGGAGCAGCGCCUGAUGAAGCACAGGGAGGCGAAGACGAAGAAAGGGGCGUCGAAGGAGGUGAAUGAGAAGGGGGAGAUCGUGGACGUUGAAGGGGAACAGCUCGCGCGGGAGUUGGAAAGGCUGAAUGCGAAGAAGACACAGUUGAUGUAUUGGAUGUGCAAGAUCUACGCGGACGGGAAGGUGCAGGGAAACCAGCGGGCAUCUCUUGCGUCAAACGACCAUCCGCCCGUGAAGGCGUCGAACACGGACGAGGCGCUGCAAAUGGCGUUCUGGCGGUUGCACGAGGGAUGGAAGAUGUGGGUGGAGAAGAACCCCGAUCAGCGGCUAGUUCCAGGAACGCCUUCGUUUCGCGAGAAAAUCGUCAACAGGGUGUUCACGGAGAAGGAGCUGCAGAUAGGGUACCACAACUUCAUCCUCACGAACGGCGAGAACAUUCGGUUCAUGGAGGAUAUGUAUCGGAUUUCGCACUUCUGCGCUGCGCAGAACCUGAGCCGUGCGCAGAUCGAGCGGGCGGUGGGCAAGGUGUCGCGCAACAACGUCUCAAAGAGCGAGUUCCCGGGUGGUGGUGCGGGCGUGCGGUGGCUUUGCCGGACGCUGAUGGCGGACUUGUUCGUGGUGGCGACGACGGCGCACUUCCCGGACAUCGAGAACAUCAAUCCGGAGGACGGAGGGCUGAGCGCUGCUGAUGUCGCGACGUGGAACUACAAGACUUUGCUGAACGGCGAUUCCCACUUCGUCGUCACUCCGGAGAUUCGGGAGGCUGUUGGUGGGACGGAGUCGUUCUUGCGGGGCCACGUGGAGCGUCACGCGGAGCAGGAGUACCUGAAGCUGGAGGCGGUGUGGAAGGAAGUGGGGAAUCAGUCGAACGAGGUGUGGACGGACGAGGCGAUGGAGCUGGUUGACGCAGCGUAUCAGCGACAUCUUGUGAAAACGGAAGCGACGAAGGUUUACGGGGAGUGGGACAAUCCUGUUUGGCAGUCGUCGAUGGAGGGGUACUGGAAGCGGAUUUUUAAAACCCUGGGCGGUUAUUGGGCGCAACGGAGCAAGACGUUGGUUGGGCAGGAUGACAUCGUCGCGGUGGACCAAGCAUUGAGGAAGCUGCAAUGGGUCUUCUUCAUCCGGUCUCACCGUCGCGAGUGGUGUGUGCCACUGAUGAGCAGGUCUCACCUCGCGGACAUCAUCGAGUACUUCGACGUGAACUCGGACGCUUUCCGGAUGCUCGUUCGUACGAUUGACCCUCUGGCUCAAUUGCCCCUCCUCCGCGUCGAUAACCAGAAGCACGGACAUCAUCUCACCGACUACCUCGGAUAUCUCGUCUUUUACCUGUGCGAUUCCACCAGAUAUCGCUUCUGCGACAAGACGGAAGUCGAGGACAUGCUGUUCGGUUGGCUCAUGACCAAUAUCAACCUCCUCGUGAAAGUCAGUAGACGCUACAAGCUCCACUUGGAGAAGUCGCACCGCGACUUCUACAGCUUGACCUACAGCGUGAUCUCCAACGCAAUCGUCAAGGCGCGACAGGCCGAAGAAGACAACAUCUAUCUGAAGGUCAUCUCAGACCUCUUUCCGGACAGAGACUUCACCGAGGCAGACGUCGCGCGAGUGAAGGCCAUCUGCAAGAUCAUCACGGACGCCCAGGCAGCCGUCGGAAAACUCACUGCCAAGCUCAAACAGCGGGAUCUCGAGGGUCAGACCAUGCAUCAGACCGGCAUGCAUCAGACCGGCAUGCAUCAGACCGGCAGCAACAUGCCUUCCUUCUCGGCCGUUCAACUCAAGCAUUACCCGGAACUCUACAUGCUCUACAAUCACGGCUCUGACUGGAUGCACCGCGAGGGUCAAGAAAUGGGCAAGGGCAAGUCGACGUUCGACAUAACCUACGCUUUCACCAUGCACGCCGCCUUCAUCUGCUACGUGGAAACCAUCGGUCGCUUGCUGCUGAACUGUCCCGAGUACACGGAUCUGCGGGAUAGCUUCUUCCGCUCCUUCCUCAAUGAUCGCAUUCUGCUGUCGCUCAAUGAUCAUCUACCCACGAAGAAAUCGUGGUCAUCAAAGCAGAUGUCCGAGCCGGAGUUCCUCAACUGGGAUGAGCCCAUCCUCGAGGACAUCAAGGAGAGAGUGGGUCAACUCCGGCCCCGCGCCUUGCCGGUCGAGGUCAUCCCGGACGGGAGCGUCAAGGAGCUCAUGGUGCGCGCCGCUCGCAUCGACGACAUCAAGAAAUGCUUGGCCCGUGUUGCCAGCGACAUCCUCAAGUACCCGAUAGCCCACGGCCAAGCGAGGGAGCUCUCGGACACCCUCAGAGGAAAACCGCGUGACACCUUGCCUUUGGCUUUCAAAGUGGACCGUCACAUCAGAGUUCUUCUUCAGGCAUGUCGCGUUCCCGUCGUUCAUUCGAUCAGAUUCAUUGUCCCUAGCCACCGACUUACCAUAAUGGCUUCCAUCUUACAGGAGAUGAUCAAAUACGCGUUGUACAGCGACUUUCGUCUCCGGCACCCGACGGCCCCCUUCGUCAUGCCUAGCGAUGUAGACGUACAAGAUUUGCUACCAGUUCUCCCUCCGGCGGGUCCUUUGCCUGAAGGUUGCUACGCUUCGAUGGACGACUUUGCGACCGCGGAUCCUGACGCGGCGGCUCGAUUCGCACGACGCCUUGCCGAGCUGCGCAUGUUGGUGCGCGUGCCGACCGGAGAUGCCGAAUCGUCGUCGUCGGAUGCGCUCUCAUGGAGAUUGCAGGGCGUGCCAACCAAGUCCGGCCAGGUUUAUCCCCAAGAUUUGUCUUGGUCUGGCGAUUGGGCGACGGACGACAUCGACGACCUUCCUAAAGAACCGACCUUCGAGCAUCUUAAGGCCGCACUGCAGGUGCCUGACCAGUCCGACUCUGCGCACACCGCUGUUAUGCCUCCCGAAGCAGAAGGUCGUCGACCCAUUGCCACUGCCCACGCCAAUGACGAGCCGCCUUCGCUCUCUUCGCCUCAUCGCUCUUCUCCCGCCAGUACGUCCUCGUCCGACGACAUGCUGCCAUCGACUCAGGACAACGACGAGGGCAGAAAGGUUUGCCCGCCGACUCAAAUCCCAUCCGAGGUCAACAGCGUUGCAGAUCUCCGUGCAAUAUUUGAGCACAUCAACUGGAACAGCGUCAACGCCGCUGUGAUCGAGGCGAUGGACAGAGUGGAAAACCUCAUUCCUCACGUCGCCACACUCGAGUCGAAGGACCGCACCUUUUCUCGCCUUCGGUACUUCUGGCAUUGCCUCUAUCACUCUGGCGCGUUCCCGGCCGCAAUUGUUCCUUACCUACGAGGAGAUGACCGCACGUUGCUCGAGCACACCAUCCCCGAAUCCUGGGACGAGUUCAAGGCGGAAGUAUUGGAAGAAAAUUUUGACUGGGAGGCUGAAUUGGAAGAGGCGGCCAAGCGCUACACUAUGCACAACUGGCGAGGUCUUCAUUACCCGGAAGAGGACAACAACCCGGACUGGCAACCCGUUGUUGAGGAGAUCGAGCAGCAGAGCAUCAACAACAUGAUGGAUGUAGACAGGCAGGAUGAUGCUGCUGCCGCCGCUCUGGGCGACGAGUCGUCGACGCAAGCGCAUUCAAUCAAACUCGCCACCGGGAUCCAGGUCGCAGUCCUUGCAGAGGACGCCCCCUCCGAAGAGGCGCAAGGGGACGAGGCAGAGGAAGGCUGGGGCGGAGGCUCCGAAGGACAACAGCCGGGGAACGAGAAUCAUUCCGACUUGAUGUGA